AGCAUAAGCAUUCAUAUGUCGCAAUGGUGUUUUAAAAUAGGUAGAAGAAUAAGAAGAUCGUUUCCAGACGUACCAGUUGCAUUUACAGCCAUCCUUGACCACGAUGUUCGCCACUCUGGUAUUGACCAGACUGUUGUAUUUAACAAAGUUCUUCUGAACGAUGGGAACGCCUAUAAUUUUCAUACUGGUGUUUUCAGUGUACCAAGAGAAGGGGUUUACAUGUUUAAUUUAGCUUUUGGUGCUGGAUAUGAAUCCCAUAGGUUGUGGAUGCGUAUUGUUGUUGAUGGACAGGAGAAAGUUUCUGGUGUGGCCGAUACAUUACAAAAUUACCAUGAUGCACAAGGCACAAACUUUGUUAUCUUACACUUACAUAAAGGCGACUCAGUAUGGGUGAGCACGUUUAUGGUAUCGGAUGUCACCAUCUAUGGUUCUCAAAAGUUGACUACAUUCUCCGGUGUAUUGUUAUAUGAGUACUGAGGUAUACAUGUAGCUCAAAGUUUUUAUUUAUCACCGGCGCUAAAUAAACCAUAAAAUACU